UUCGCGCUGAUUGGUCAGUUUUUCCCGCCCUUCAAUUGGAUUGGUUCCUUACCCGGAAGUAGGCGUGGUAUCCGCGCAUGGUCGUGAUGGCGGGCGGCGUGUCCGGGAGAACGGAUCCGUUCCCCGGGCCGGCGCCGGUGCCGCGGCCCAGAGUGAAGCGGUUCCUGAGGGGCGCGGAGGAGAAAGCGCCCCGCGCCGUCGCCCCCCGGCUCCGCUGGCACCUGAAAAAUUUGGAAAAUCGGGAAAAUUCGGCAGCAGAAAAAGCAGCGAGAUGGGAACCCCUCCUGCCCGAGGAGCCGGGGUUUUUGGAGCCGGAUCCGGGCGAGGAUCCCGCCCGGAUCUCGCAGAGGGAAAUCGCCGAAUCCGUGGAUAUCGCCAGCGCCAGCAAGCACUUUGAGCUGCGCCUGGAGCAGUUCGGGCCCUACAGGCUGGACUACGCCCGCACCGGCAGGCAGCUGUUACUGGGAGGUCUCCGGGGUCACGUGGCCGCCCUGGACUGGGCCCAGCGGCGCCUCCUGAGCGAGUUCAGCGUCGGGGAGAGCCUGAGAGACCUGCGCUGGCUUCACUCCGAGUCUCUCCUGGCCGUCGCCCAGCGCCGUUGGCUCCACGUCUACGACAACCAAGGCUUGGAAAUCCACGUCCUCCGCAAUUUCCCGGGAAUUCUGCGCCUGGAAUUCCUUCCCUACCACUUCCUGCUCGCUGCCGUGAGCGAGCUGGGGCUGUUGCAUUUCCUGGACAUCUCGGUGGGUCGGGAAGUGGCCGCGCUCCGGACCCGGAACGGCCGCGCCGGCGCCAUGGCCCAGAACCCGGCCAGCGGCGUCAUCCACCUCGGCCACGCCAACGGAACCGUUUCCCUCUGGACUCCCAACAUUCCCGAGCCCGUGGUUCGGCUCCUGGCCCAUCGCGGAUCCGUGCGCGGCCUCGCCGUCGACGCCUCGGGAAGCCUGAUGGCCACGUCGGGUUUGGACCGGAAGAUCCGGAUUUUUGACCUUCGGAAUUUCGGGAUCCUGCAGGAAUGGGGGGUCCCAACAGGAGCUGCACACCUGGAAUUCAGCCAGAGGGGGCUCCUGGCCAGCGCCUGCGGGGACCUGGUGCAGGUUUAUUCCCGGGUGGAUUCCGGGUCCCUCCCGAGGCCGUUCCUGCAGCACCGAACCCCAAAUUCCCUCCAAGGGCUCCGGUUCUGCCCCUUCGAGGACGUCCUGGGCGCUGGCCACGGGCAAGGAUUCACCAGCAUCCUGGUGCCAGGGGCGGGGGAGCCGAAUUUGGACGCUUUGGAGAACAAUCCCUUCCGGAGCCGCCGGCAGCGCCAGGAGUGGGAAGUGAAAGCGCUGCUGGAAAAGAUCCCGUGGGAGCUGCUGACCCCGGAGCCGUCGCUGCUCUCGCGCGUGGACGAGGCCGGGCUGGAGCAGAAACGCCAGGAGAGGAUCCAGCGCCUGGGAUUCGACCCCGAUUCCAAACCCAAAUUCCGACCCCGGAAGCGCCACAAGGGGAGGGACCCCGAGCACCGGCGGCGUCAGGUGGCUCACCAGGAACUGAGGGCCCGGAUCCGGCAGAGUUUGGAGCAGAAGGAGAAAAACGAGGAGCGGGAACCCCCCAGAAAAAGGAGGAAAAAGGAAAGAGAAAACGGGGAAAAAAUGGGAAAAAUCCUCCCAAAAACCGGGAAAAAACCAGGAAAAAUUCUCCCAAAAUCUGUGGAAAAAAUGGCAGGAAAAUCCCCAAAAUCCAUGGAAAAAACAGCGGGAAAAUCCCCCAAAUUCAUGGAAAAAACAGCAGGAAAAUCCCCAAAAUCCGUGGAAAAAACGGGAGAGAUCCUUCAAAAAAAUGGUGGAAAAAUUAUGGAAAAAUCCAAAAAAAACGGAGAAAAAAUGGGAGAAAAAUCCCAAAAAAUUGGGGAAAAAAACUUGGAAAAAUCAAAAAAAAUUUUGGAAAAAGUGGGAGAAAAAUCCCAAAAAAUCAUGGAAAAAAUGGAAGAAAAAUCCUCAAAAUCUGGGAAAAAAAACCUGGAAAAAUCCCCAAAAACUGGGAAAAAAACAGCGGAAAAAUCCCAAAAAAAAGUGGGAAAAACGAGGGGAAAGCCCAAAAAUCCCGGGAAAGGGAAGGAGGGGAUUCCUGGCCGGAAUUUGGGGGGAUUUUCCCAAAAAAGGGGAGCCCUGGAAAGGUUCAGGAAAUAAAAUUUUGGGAGCGGCGAUUUUGGGGUGUCUGGAGGGG